UUCUUCGUCAUGUCAACUGUCAACAGUGAGUUGAACUCGAGGGAUAGUUUACGUCUUGUGUUCGAAAGUGUCGUUGUUUUUUGUGUUUUACGUUGAUAAAGUACUGAAAAAUAGCGCGAAAUAGUGUAUUUUUUAAUAAGAUUUUACCCAGGAAUAAUCUUAAAUUAACUUUCGUUCGAAUUUCUAAACUCUCCAGUGUUCAGUUGUCGAGUUACUUUUGAUAAAAUCGUUUAGUUUUGGUGUAGUUAUUUAGCCACAUUUGUUUGCUUUUGAACAAUUACCCAGUCCUGAUUGUUUUUGGAACAGUAUUCGACGUAUAUCUGUACAUGGAUUGUGAUUUUGGAUUUGAAAAUAUUAUACGUUUAUGGAUGUGGUCGGAGAAAGUACGGUAUUGAUUCACGAAGAAAUCGGAUAUCGCGGAGAGAUCCAUCGAUCGAAUUCCGAACACGUUUCUUGAUGGAAAAUACGAGUAUGUCGACUGAUCGAUGUCGUCUUGGAAUCAUCGCCGAUUAUUAUAACUAACGUAUAAGGUAAACCGAGUCGUUGGAGGAAAAAAACGGCAAAAUGGUGAAAAUGUCCGAAACCAUUAUCUGCCAGCGGUUCAUACAGAAUGCCUGGAAGAAAGAUUUAUGCUCGAAUUGCUUCAAGUCGAAAGAAGAUCACGCCGUUCCGGAGAAAAAGAUCACGUAUAGGUGGACAUCUCACGUGGAUAAUUUUCCGCAGCAUAGUAUCCUGCGACGUAGCGAAAAAUGCGCCGAAGAAAAACGUAAAUGCCAAUCGGUCUCGUUUCACGCUGACGAAACAGAAAUCAUCGGUUUCGGCGGCGAAGAAUGCUCAUCGGAUGACGAAUUCUAUCCUUCGUACAACGACGAGCCUGUAAUCGAAACCGAUAACGAAGAAGAAGACAAAGAAUUCCGCAAAUUAACCCAAACCAACACGGAUUUCAACUCGGUACCGGCCAAUUUGCGCAACAAUGGACCUGCAAACAAGACGACGAGCAGUCCACCUAAAACGUAUUCGUAUUUGAAACUCGGUGCUCCUCAGACUGAUGCCGAUGGACGUCGGCAAACUUUACAAGUCAGCGUAGAACCGUUCAAAAAUUCGGUUACGGUGAACGGUAGCUGCAGCAGUAGUAAUGGAGAUGCUGCCAGUGGCACGUUAUCCAAUAACGAUUGUAGUAAAGUGCAUUUAAAUAAAAUACUCUUAGAAGCCUCGAGCAACGGUAAAAGCGACGAAGAAAAGACUGAACCUAUUGAGACUGCGAAAAGGAACGGCGAUUGCGAUUUAAAAAAUGAUGUAGUUUUAAGUAAACAAUCUGUUGUCUGUGAUAUUAACGCCAAUUCUAUUAAUAAUGAUAAGUGUACCGUGAACAACGUUACGAAUGUAAAUGUAAACGAGACGAUAAACGAGCAGAACAUUUACACCAAGAUGACCACCACUACAGCUGCUGCCGCCGCCGUCGCAACUAAAGAGCAAAAUGGCGACUGCGCCGAGAAAUACAUUCGAAUUAAUGUACCAAAACCACCCGAGCAACAAAUCGAAUCUAAACUUUUCGACGAAAUUAGCCCGAAAGACGUUGCGGAAAACAUGAAAAACGCCAAGUGCAAAUUAGAACCUUUAUUCAAACUAAACGCUUAUGAAAAUACCAGUCCGACUAAACGAUUAUCCAUCUAUCAAUCGACCAUCCAAGAAGAUCGUACAGACGGAGGCGAAGAAAAGAAAAAACUCAGUUUCAAAGAAAGCAAUCCAAUUGCCGGAUUACCUUUAAUCACUUCGAAGGAUUUGGAAAUAGAGAUAGAUAGACCAGGAAGUCGAGAAAUGGUCGGCGAACCCGAUGGCAAAGCUGAUUCCGACGAUUCGGGUGAUCCUCCUGUCUCGGUCGAGUACCUAGAAGAAAGCAAACCUUCUUCACCCGAUAGUGAUUCAGUCUACGCAAACCCCCAGAGAUCUUUUUUACACGGUUUCGCCAAAGAUAAACCUAUCCCAGCUAGUAAACCGGCUUGUUUACAAAAUGGCGUGAAGAAAGACCUCGUUGCUCCUGCGACUCCCAUCGUCGUUUCUAAAGAGAUUCGUGAAUGUGCUGUGUCUGUAUGCGGCUCUGUGCCUUCUACGCCUAAAAUGCACGCGGCUAAUUCGUGCAAUGGUACCGGAUCCACUAAGAGGCAAGCUCCUAAACCACCAUCGCCCAAGAUUACUCCUCAAACUCCGAUUUUAUGCGCUCAAAGACCAUUCAGCCAAAUAAUUACGCCUAUCAGCAGUGUGAUUAGUUUUUCUGAGAAGAAAUGCGAUGCUCCUAGUACGAAUGAAGUUCCGAGCGUCGGUAUCAAACGAAGGCUUAAUUUGGAUUCUCAUUUGCUGAAUCGAAAUAGCCUGAAUUUAAAUGUGAUCUUGGGUCAGAACGGGACGUACAAAUCGAAUACUUUGAGUAAUGGUUCAACCAGUCCAGUCGCCUCAAUAAACGGAGACUGCCAGCCGAUCGAAAACGGUCUCGUAGAAAACGGUACACCUCGAAGUCCCUCGAAAUGCACCAGAUCGUUAUCCUGCGACAGUAUCGUAUCAUCUCCCAGCAUCUCGUUAUCCGAAAAGACGAGAAAAUACAGCGGAGCUACAAUAAAGGUGAAAUCGACCAUACGUAAAUUCUUAAGAUUCAAUAACAAAGACGACGAAAAAUCGGAAAACGAGACGCCAGCCGUAUCGGUGCCGAGACGAAGAAUAGAAAUCAUCCAUCCGUUAGACUUGAAUAAAUCAUCGAUCGAGAUUCUACCUCCGGCCGGUGCUGCAGAAGAUACUCAAAAGACUGAUCAUGAAAAUGAACCCGCGAAAACUGUUGUAGUAACUCCGACGUCUCCAUCUUGUCCACCAAUUCCAGGAAGACCUACCAAACCUCCUCCUCCACCUCGAACUCAAUCUUUGGAUCAGAAAAUAGCGUCCGAGAUUUCAAGACCGGUACGUCCUCCGCCGCCCAAAUCGUUGAAUUUGAAAGCUGCUCCUCCUCCUAGAUUCGAGUGUCUUUCCAAAACCUCGAACAACGUUUACGAAAAUUUAGGAGAAUCACGCCAAUCAGUCGCACCAGCCAAACCACAAAGAGCUUCCAGUAUCAGAGAUCGUGCCAGACAACAAACCACAACCACCAGAGAUGAGAAUUUGGUGAGAACGAUUGUCAUUUCAGUCUCAGAACGGGAAUCCGUCCCAGAAUGUGAUCGUACUGCUCAAUCAGACUCGAGUGAAACUCCACCAUCGUCUUCUAUUCCAUAUUGCGGCAGUGAAACCGAAUCAGAAAUGUAUCACUCUGUUUCAUCCAGUACCACAGAAAGCACUCACAGCGAAUUAUCCGACGCAGUCUCAGAAACAGAGCCCAGAAAAGGCAAAAGUAUCGUUCACAGUUGUCUCGAAGAUAAUUACGACGCAGUUGUUAUUGCCAAUCACGAAACGCUUUCUCAUCUUUUAGAACAAUUGAACCAAACGACUCUGGUGCCAAACGCAUUGAAAGUUCUCCAGACAACGUUGCAUAUUCGAUUCGAGCAUUUAGUGGUGGUUGAAAGUAGCAGAAUAGCGGUCGCAGAUUGGUAUUUUUAUAACGCCAAAUGGAACGGUCACGAUGUAGUGGUUAGCCUUUCAACUAAACCUUUCGGGUUGAUGAAAUCAUUACCAUCUUCCAUAACGCUUUUCCCAUUGGUCAAAUUUACCGAUCUUAUACCCAGUAGAUAUGUGAAAAAUGAUACCAGCGUUGAAGAUAUAAAUGCGUACAUUACGGUUUGGAAUGAGCAAAAAAUCGAAUCACUUUCGUCGUAUUGUAAAAAACCUGAAAACUUAUCGGUUUCUGAAGCUGGUCUGCUGUUGAGUCAGUUGACUGACGCGUUCAAUCACUUAUUAGCCUGCGGUAUCGAAGAUAUUUCGCUGAAUGAGAUAUUCGUUUGUAAACGAAAUUCGGAUUUGGAAUCGAAACUGUUGUUGCUUCCGAUCAGCGUUGAUUACUUAACAAAUACUGAUAAGACUUCAAUGAGAAGAAUAUCUCUUUGCAAAUGUAUCCUCGAAGUGGCCAACAUGCUGCUAGCGAAACAGCAAAUCAGCCAAGUCAUCACACGUGUGCUCGAAGACGAAAAAGCAGUAUCUCUUUCUCAAGCCAAAACCGUCGUUCAAUAUUGGUUAUGGGGACCCUGUGAUGUUACCUUGAAUAACGAUAGGCAAUCAGCGUUACAACGGUGGUUGGAUUUGGAGAGGGCGACUUUCUUGCAUAAAAUAGUUUGCAAGAAGUAUAACCAGUUCAACUUGAGUGAAAAAAGCCAUCUCAUGUUCCUCGUUCGAACCAAUGCCAAAUUACUGACCGAAGCUUCGUAUUUAUUGGAGAAAUCGUGAGUGCGAUUGUGAUUCCAUCUAAGGCGAGCGUAGCUUUUUGCGAAAACGAAAAGUUACAGUGAUUGUACGAACAAGAAAAUGUUACAUUUUCACGUUUUUAAUUUGCCAUAAAUUAUUGUCGUUUUUAAGUUUUUAUUUUUUUAUAUUUAUUUGUUUUGAUAUAAAUAUUUUCUUUUCGAGAA